AUGUCCCUCACGCAGUCCUUCGUCGGCGAGCCCUUCACAGGGUACCUGCACCUCUCCAACCACGGUGCCGCCAAAAUCGCCGGCGUGGCCCUCAAGGUGGAGCUGUCGGUCGGGACCAGCAAGCACGUCCUCUUCGACAACUCGGCCAGUCCCAUCGGCUUCAUAGAGCCUGGGGACUUCUUCGACACCGUCGUGGACCACGAGCUGCGGGCUGCGGGGAUCCACCGCCCGCUCGAGCGCUCGAGCGCGCGAGCGCGCGAGCGCCCCGGGCCCUCGGGCCCUGCGGCAGAGUCGAGCAGACCUCUGUCGAGCAGACCUGUCGAGCAGUCAAACUUCUUUUCCUGCCAACGCGCCCACCUGGACGCAAGGGUUCUGUCUGUCUGCCUGUCUAUCUGUCUGUCAGUUUCUGUCUUUCUUGUUGGUUUUGCAAUGGCUCGACGUUCCUCGGGUCCUUCCAUUGGUCUUCCCCUCGCGUUUCUGGUGCGUCUUGGCACAUGGGUCCCAUUCUGGCAAAAGGGUUGCCGAAUCAAUCCGACCAAUGUGAUUACGUAG